AUGCUGAGGCUCCCCUCUCUGGUGGGACUGCUGAUCUGGCUGCUGCCCUCUGCUGCUCCACCAGUCCCUUUUGCAGGCAGCCCUCUGUCUGACAGCGAGUACCAGGUCUUCUUUUCCAACCUGAGGCCCUCCUGGAAGGCACGUGCUGCCUGCCAGCUACGACGUCACCAUGGCUGCCUCAGCCCCGAAGUCCUGCAGCUGGACCAGCAGGAGAACCACGGCCAGAUCCCUGAAGGGCCCGUCUGCUCUGGUUUCCCCGAGGCACGGUGGUUUCAGACCUUCUGCCAGUUUGCCCAGUACCGCUGCUCCAACCGCAAAUUCUACCUCAAGCGAAUCCUAUGUCCAAGUUUGUCUCCUCCAAAAGACCAUCUUGUCCAGGCAGAGCGAUCUUAUGAUGUGGGCUCCUGGGCAAAGGACAGAAGCCCCCCUGCAAAAUCAGCUCCGGGGCAGGCUUCGCUUUUGCACACUGACGCCCAUCUGCACUCCAAUGUGGACACUCUCCUGAAGUACUCCUACGCGCUGUCGAGUCAGAAACCAGUGGCUAAGCAGCCCCCCUCUGCUAUGGCAGGGGCACAGGGAGGCCCAUGGGACGGGGGGCUCCCUGUGCCUCCACAAAGCCAGCCUGUCCCAGCUGUCCCUACAAACUUGCCUCCUGGGCUGACAGGCCGGGCUCAGGCUGAAAGAGCUUGGAGCCACCUCCUGCAGCACGGCAUCCAGCAGCUGACCAACUUGAUCCUCUCCUUAGAGACGUCGCCCGGCAAGGAGGCCUCCUCACCAGCCCCUAGCACCCAGCAGGACCAGGGGAGCACACACAGCAGUGCUGAGGAGGGGGCACAGGAAAUGGCCUCCAGCAGCAGCCUUUUAGCUCUGGAGAAGAACGAGGCAGUGAUGAUCCUCUGCCGUGCAAUGUUGGAGGGAAACUGUAUCUCAUCUGUGGUCACCCAGGCCUGGAAACAAAUGGAAGAAAGAGUCCUUGGAUUUGGAGAGUCGGUGUGUGACAGUCUUGGGCGGCAUCACAUGGACCUGUGCCCCGACUGUGCUUUCUGCUCACUGAAGAGGGAGCAGUGCCAGAACAUCACCAACCUGAGACGUGUUCAUUGCAGGACGGGUAACUUCACUGCCUACAUCAACCCCCAGAUCUCAGCCCAGCACGAGGCCACAGGCAACCAGGUCAGCUCCCCGGAGGCCUUGGAGUAUUAUGGCAUGGAGGUUUACAGUGGGUUGAGUGCAGAGUACUGGUGUGGCCACUUGGCCAUCCGCGGCUGUGAUGACCCUCAUGUGGCCCUCUGGCUGCAGGCAGAAUACAGUGCCUUUCAAGCUGGAGAUGCCCCGAGCCAGAUCUGCGACUCAAGUGGAGUUCAGCACCCCAGUUACUGUGCAUUCAAGAGCCACCAGUGCCUGCAGCACAGCCUCCACAACCGAAGGGUAUCUCGCCUUGGCUGCCACUGGAACAAGAUUUACCAGGUGCUGAGUGAGGAGGAAGGAGAGGAGGAGGUACUGCUGUGGCACCAGUGGUUCCUCAGUCUCACUGAGGGAUAAGGUGCGAUAGUGGGAAACACACAGAAGGCUCAGGGAUCCAGAACAGGCUCUCUGGAGCUGUGGUGACAUGGAGAACCUGGACAGCUCUUCCCAGACUCUUUGCUCUCUGGUGAGCUCCCCAUGACCAGAUCUCAUUAUCUGAACACCUGCUCUGCAUCCUUGACAGCAGUAUGGCCAAGAUGGACACUUCA